ACAGUGUGUUCUUUUCAUUGUUAUUUAACACUUAAGUUGUACUUGUAAUCCUAUUGCCGGCUCUAUUUAUAAAUGAAUUUCUUUACUACAGUUCAUGGAAAAUCGGCCGUGGAGCCUCCAAUUGAGGUCACAGUAGAAGCACUGCCAAAAGAGCAAGUUAAUGGAAACGUCGACAAUAAUAAACCACCUUCAAAAGAAUGGGGUUAUGAUUUAUAUCCCGAACGAAGAGGAGAGACUUACAAACCUAAAUGGUCAAAGAUAUUGUUGGGUAUGGAGGGUCGGGAAAAUAUCGACAAAGUAAAAUGUGAACGAAACGUUUAUUGGUGUGUUAAAAAUAGUCCUCUGGUCAAACUAAUGAUGGGAGCAUUACGCAGCUCAGGUUGUCCAAUAGAUCUGCGUCGUCACAUAUCUUGUGAAGUGUGUGAUACUACUGUAACUGGCGGGUAUGAUCCGGUAAUGAAUCAAAUAGUUGUAUGCCAAAAUAUGGCACGCAACGAAGGCAUGGUUCAGGGUGUGCUAACACAUGAAAUGAUACAUAUGUUCGAUUACUGCAAUAAUGAUUUAGAUUUCCGAAAUAUCGACCAUUUGGCAUGUACCGAAAUAAGAGCAGCAAAUUUGGCACAUUGUUCAUUUCUGAGCGCAAUGAUGCAAGGAGAUGCUUCUAUAUUUGACAUAAAACAAGCUCAUCAGAACUGUGUGAAAACAAAGGCGUUACAAUCGGUAUUAGCGGUACGCAAUGUUACCAAAACCGAGGCCAUAGAAGCUGUGGAGCGGGUUUUUCCAAAGUGCUACGCGGAUUUAGAGCCAAUUGGUAGACGCAUUCGUCGGAAUUCUCCCGAUCAACAUAGAGCAUAUAUGGAAGGUCCAAUGUAUGGCUAUGAUGUAUAGCAGGCAUUACAAGCACUGUUUGUGCAUAUUUAUGUACAUUGUACAAUAAAGGUUUUAGGCUUUUGGCACCAAAUGUUUAAUAUUUCUAGUUUUUAUAAAAAAACCUUGAAAUGAGCAAAUUGAAUUAGUUAUAUUUAGUGCUUUUGUUAAUAUUUGAAGCAAUUAAGAUAAUGUAAAUUGUUUAUAAUCAAAAGUUCGUUAAUUUUAAUUUUUAAAUUUAAGCACUGAUAGUUAAAUUAAAUAAUCAAUAUAUUAGAUAUGAUUUAAACUUGUUUCCGUGACUAUAAAAUGAGGAUGGACUCUUGAAGCUUCAGUGCACUAAACAUAAUGGAAGAUUGCGAAUUUUUGGGGCUAAUUUUCAAUUUCAUAACUGGCAUGAUUUUUCCAGAGAGUGGUAGCGAUGAUGGUGACGAUUCAGAGGAAUCCUAGUCCACCUAGAGCAAUAUAAUUUAAUAUGACUUCCGGAGAUGAACCUGAUUCAGAGGAAGUAGAAACAGUUGAUGUAACAACAGAAGCUGAGGCAGAAAUCUUAACGUGAUGAGUUAUAUUUUACAAUAUAUGUAUAAGUAAAUAUAAGUAUUUUACUUAUUUUUGUUAUUUUCC